AUGGGAGUGAGAAUCGACGGUCGGCAACUUUACCAUCUUCGCUUUGCUGAUGACAUCGUCCUUAUAACACCAAACAUUAGCCAAGCAGAACGUAUGCUUGCCUACUUUGAUAAAACCUAUGAAAAGAUUAGUCUUCGACUAAAUCUCACAAAAAUGAUCUUCAUGAGGAACGGAUUGGUUUCGUAUGCCCCAUUUACGCUCAACGGAACGAAUAUCUCUAAAUGCUCCAGUUAUAUCUAUCUAGGUCGGGAAAGCAAUAUGAUGAACGACCUAGCUCCAGAGCUGAGCAGAAGGAAACGAGCGGCCUGGAGAGCUUUGAAGAGCAUCGAGGAUGUAGUGAAGAGAACAAAGAAUACCCGACUCAGUGCCCACCUUUUCUACUCAACGGUUCUUCCUGCUCUAGUGCAUGCGUCAGAAACCUGGUCGCUGCGUAAGCAGGAUGAAAGUCACUCAGCAUUAUCGAACGCGCAGUCGAAAGGACGAUGCUAG